AUGGUCGUAAAUUGUUUUUCAGGGCCUUACAUGUUUGGUCUCGGAGUCUCGACCUACCUCCUUUCCAAAGAAAUCUACAUUCUCGAGCACGAGUAUUACUCCGGAUGCUCUCUCUUCCUGGUUCUGUGCGGCGGUUAUUACAAAUUCAAGCCACAAAUCAGCGCCUUCCUCGACAAAGCAAUUACCGAUUACGAGGAAUCGUGGAACACUGGAAGGACCCAGGAGAUCAAGGCGAAUGAAGAGCUCAUCGAGAAUCUGAAGAAAGAGCAGUGGAGAACCGAUGCGCAGAAAAUGAUUCUCGAUGUUAAGAAAGAGAACAUCAAAAUGCAGUUGGAAGCCGCAUAUAGAGAACGCGUCGCUCGUGUUUACAGCGAGAAAUGUUCACAACUAGAAAUUUGA